AUGGCAACUACAGACCCCGCACAGUCGACGCUGUACCCCAAGAUCACGACACACAUCCCUGAGAUCAUCGAGCAGCUGCGGCGCUUGAACCGCGAUCCUGCCCAUCCAGAAGCAAACAUUACUGUGGACCCAGUACCUUUCGUGGGUACUGUCAAACUUCAUGGCACGCAUGCAGACAUACUCGUGUACCCUGACGAUCGCAUCGUCUUUCAGUCACGCAACAUAACUGGUUUGUCCGUCGCAAAAGAUAAUCAAGGAUUUGCGUCACAUAUGUCAGAGAAGACCGAGGCCAUACUGGGACUGCGAGACGUGUAUCUGGCACGAUGGAAAGAGCUAAACCCUAGCAAAACAGUCGAAGGAGACUCGCCCAUCGUGAUAGCCGGUGAAUGGAUAGGCGAGAAGAUCCAAAAAGACGUCGCCAUCGCACAACUAUCACGCCGCUUUGUCAUAGUCUCGGUUUACAUCAAUGCUGCAUGGCAGAAGAACGAAGAAUACAACGAUAUCUGCUUGCCGGACUACGAUAUCUACAACGCCUCUAGAGCUGGCCUCUUCCACACAACACUCUACCCGGACAACUACGAUCGCACAGUAUCAGAAGUCGAACGCAUGACCGAGGAAGUCGCCGCUCACUGCCCUUUCGCAGCGACUUUCGGUAUAUCCGGUUUGGGCGAAGGCAUUGUCUGGAAACCCGUACCUACCCAGUACAACGCCGACACCUCUCUCUGGUUCAAGAGCAAAGGGGGAAAGUUCAAACCUACAUACUUCCGCAUUCCAAAACAACAUGAAGGCGCCGAUAUCAUCAAAGGGCGACGCAAAGCAGCCGCAACGGUAGCAGUUGCGUGGUGCUCGCAGCAGCGGUUAGAGCAGGGCUGGGAUGUGCUGCGUGAGAAAGGUGUUGAGCGGGAUGUGAGGGCACUGGGCGACUUUUUGAAGUGGAUACAAUAUGAUAUUUUGGAGGAAGAGAAGAGUCGUAUCAAAGAGCAUCGUGUGGAUGAGGCGGCGUUGAAGAUUGAGAUUGCUAAGAUUGCUAAGCCUUGGUAUAGGGCGAAGCUUAGGGAAGAGGAUGCCUCGUGA